CCAAUAUUCGUCACGAGGACGUUAUUUCUCAAUCGUAAUUCUCGCAGAUCACGUGAUCGAAAUUUAACCUUAAUCUUGCGCAAUUUGCCGAAAUCUGCGUCUGUUUUUAUUUUCAAACGCAGAAUGCCGGCUUCAGAACAGUCUAGAUCGAAUUUUUGCAAACAGAAUAAGCAGAUUUUCGAUCCGUGUCGAGAUUUAUUCCUCAAUCCGUUGAGCAGUCACAGUUACGGAGUUUUAAUUCUGAAUUCACCGACCAAACUGGUCAACGAUGAUUUGUGGAAAAUUUGGAACUUUGCUGACCUACGAGUACUGGUGGAUGGCGGUUCGGAAUCUUGGGUGGUCUGCAAGAAAAUCAAGGAUUUAUCUUUACCUCACUUAGUUACUGGCGAUUUUGAUUCAAUAACCGAUGAAACAUUGCUUUCCUUCAAACAGAAUGAGGAGGUAAAAGUGAUCAACACACCAGAUCAAAAUGCUACAGAUUUCACCAAAGCUUUGAUUGAACUGGAUAGUCACAGAGCCAACAGUGGGAUUGAUAAUGUUUAUGUGGUGACCGAGAUGAUAGAAGGAAGAAUUGAUCAUGUAAUGGCUAAUAUCAAUACGUUAUUUACGGCAGCAAAACAGUUUCCCCAUUUAAGAGUAUAUAGGUUAUCGUCAGACUCUAUAUCUUGGCUUCUUACACCUGGAAGUUCCUCUAUCGGUAUUCCAGAAGUUUUAAGGGAUAACCAAGAAUGGUGUAGUCUUGUUCCGGUGGGAGCACCUGCUGUAAUCACAACUUCCGGGCUCAAGUGGAAUCUCGAUAAUCAUAGAUGUUUGUUCGGCGAGAUGGUCAGUACUUCGAAUACAUACGAUGGUUCCCCCGUAGUGGAAAUUCAGACAGAUUCACCUAUUUUAUGGUCAAUGUGUACCAGUGGAUUGAAAUGUAAGGUAUGACGGGGGUUGGUGGUUAUUUAUUGUUACAAUCGGUACUUAUAAUUUAUGGUUAUUUGUGAUAAUUGAAUAAAUCGAUGACUAGUCGAGGGAAUAAACAGUAUUUUUGUUGGGUA